AUCAAUCACUUUUCCUCUGUUUUUUAUAACCUGCUGCUGCUUCUUCUAGUCACAGGCUCACAGCUGAUUGUUUUAAACUUUUAGGUUCGGGGCAAGGCACCAAGCACCACUUCCUUUUGAAUCUCUUUCCCAUUUACCUAUGUGAAAAGGGCACCAUCAUUAUUCAAGCAGAUCCAAAGUCUUCUCCUUUGCUUUGCUUUUUGCCUUCCCCACCUUCUAAAAGAACCAUGGUUUCUUUUUCUCUCAUUUCCACGUUUUUAUUACUUUUUUCUUUAGCUAUCUUCCAUCAUUCCCUCGCCGGUUUCCUAGCUCAACCGGUUCCCGGAGGCUACUCAUCCCCGAACACGGUCCCCGCACUCCCUGCUCAAACCCAAGCUCAAGUUUGCCGGCUUGACUUGUCGGCCGAGCUAUUCGGCGGUGUAAACGACGCCUGUGGCCACAACCUAGACAGAAGCCGCUGCUGUCCCGUCUUAGCAGCGUGGCUCUUUGCAGCUCACGCUAGAUAUGCUUUGCAGGUCUCGGCACCUGCUCCGACGGAAUCUGAACUACCAGACCAGCCUAUGAGGCCAGACGAUUCACAAAAGUGUGUGAACUCGUUACAGAACGCAUUGUUAAGCAAGCGAGUGAGGAUUCCUCAACCGAACGCGAGUUGCGAUGCGAUUCUGUGUUUUUGUGGGAUAAGGCUACACCAGAUCAGCUCCCUGAGUUGUCCGGCUGCGUUUAACAUUUCCGGGCACCGGAACGCGACACCCACGGCUGCCGUGAAGAAUUUGGAGAAGAAUUGCAGGAACUCUAGUUAUGCUGGGUGUUCCAAAUGCCUUGGUGCUCUUCAAAAGCUCAAAGGUGGAUACAGCAAGAGCGGAACGCAAGACAGGAGCACGACCGAGAGAGCCAACAAGAUGUUCAACCGAGACUGCCAGCUCAUGGGACUGACUUGGCUCCUCGCGCGCAACAAAACGGUCUACAUACCCACCGUUUCCGCCGUACUGAGGGCCAUAAUGUACAGCGCGCACCCUCACGAGUCCAAGUGUAGCCCGGAUCAAGAGAACAUGCCCUUAGCCGUUGAUUCACUUCAGUUCGAGAAGGCUCAGUCGUCGGCACCAACGUCGUCACCGUUUUGGGCGUCUUUUACGUUCCCGAUUCUGCCCCCAAUAAUUUUGGUUUUACUAUUCGGGUAGCCUCGACCAGCGAUUGAUACUAUUUUUUUUUGUGGUCAUCUGAGAAUGUCUGGGAAUCACGUGAAGCUUUCGAAGCUAGCUGACAAACAGAAAUGGGCUACUGUGGUGUCGUUUUUGUCUUCUUGUCCACUGUAAAUUUCAGCUCGUUUUCAGAUAUGUUUGACAUUAUGUAACAGUCAAGGUCGAGAACAAGGAACGGUUUAUAAAUUAUUCAACUUUCGCAUGCCAUUUAAUCAUUA